AUGAAGAGCAUGCAAUCUGCUCCGACCAAAACUGUCCCUUCCGGAUUCACCAAAGAAGCCUAUAAACGAGUCGCAGAGAUUAUCAAGGUCAAAUCCAUGCAACCUGAUCUCUGUGAUGACAUUCGUAUGAAGAAUAAACUCGGUGCUUUGAGAAACGACUGGCGUACAUACGUCAAUUUACUCAACUGUGGAUGGCCACGACUACCCAACGGCGUCCCUACAAACACUGAUGCCAUACUGGAGACAUAUUACAAAGAACAAGAUCCAAACGCCAGGAAGUUCAGAGCAGCCCCUCUAAGGCAUUUCGAGGAAUUGACCGAACUCUUUGAUCCGAGUCAAAAGGAAUCGAUAGCUUCGCUGACUACCGCCCCGACUGAGAUGCCUGCUCCCCGCCCAUCAAUUCAUCUACCACAAUCUCCGUAUGAGCCCGUAACACCACAACUUUUGGAGCACUCAUCUACCCCAUUCUAUGGCGAGGAAGGUUCACACUUCAUACCCGAGCAUACGCGGGCAGCACCUGCACCAGUGAACGGGAACCACAGCUCACGUACUCCUCAACCCACCUCAUCCAAGAGACCGGCCGAGCCCAGUCUGGCCAGUGAAGCCAAACGGAUCCUUCUAGGAGCUCCUUCGACUCGUCAAGUCUCACAGAUAGAGACUCACAUGAGAGCGCGAGAUCUCAACAACCCAAACAUGUCUUCAGUGGCUGCUGCUACUGCACUGUUUACAAGGACAUUCCAGUUCUUGUCGGUCGAAGCGAGAGUGGCUGUCGUAAAACGUUUCCUUGAUCAGAGCACGGCUGAGAUAUUCCUACACACAGACGAAGAAGUGCGUAAGGCUUUGGUUGCCGACUGGGUCAAGCAGGCCGGAGUGCGAUCCUGA